CAACAUUGGUUUCAUAAAACACAAACUAAACUCUCUAACCUAUACAUACAAUAAUAAUAGUGUCGAAUAUGUCGUUGUUUUGUGUGGACUUUUAAAAGUGUUCACUUUAUUAUGAAAUAUAAAGAGAGAAUUCAAAUGUAAUCAUUGCCAAGAUGCCUCCAAAACAGAGGAAAAUUGCUAUUAUGGGCUACAGAUCAGUUGGUAAGUCAUCGUUGAGCAUUCAGUUCGUCGAUGGACAAUUCGUUGAUUCUUAUGAUCCAACGAUAGAAAACGUGUUUACAAAAACAACCCGUAUACGUAGUCAGGAUUAUGACUUGAAACUUGUUGACACUGCUGGUCAAGAUGAGUACUCUAUAUUCCCUGCACAAUAUUCAAUGGACAUACAUGGCUAUGUUCUUGUAUAUUCCAUUACUUCACUCAAGUCAUUUGAAGUUGUGCAAGUCAUUUAUGAAAAGUUGCUCGACAUGAUGGGGAAAAUACAGGUACCUAUCGUAUUGGUCGGGAACAAAACUGAUCUUCAUAUGGAAAGAAUGAUAAGCUCCGAAGAAGGUAAAAGGUUAGCCAUCUCGUGGAAAGCUGCCUUUAUCGAAACGUCAGCCAAACAAAAUGAGUCAGUAGCCGAUGUGUUUCAUACUAUGUUGCUGGAGAUCGAAAAGGCAAACGGAAACGUAUCCGAAAAACCUAACUGUUCCAUCUCAUGAAUGACUACUUGUGCAAUGAAUGACCGCUUAAAGACACAUCUUGAUCAAGACCUAGUUGUAAGUAAUUCAGACUUUGAUAUUCUUCAUAUCGGAGAUUUACUUUUGUUCAGGGUAUUAAGUUAGCUUGAUCAACCAUAUCAAACUGAUUUUUUUUUAAUACUUAAUUUUGAUAUUGUGUUAAAGAAAUUUUUCUGAGCCUCGCUGAAUAUGCAAUGAAUGCAUAUAUAUAUACAAUAAUGCUAGUCCAAUUACAAACAGACCAUUCGUAUUUAAAGCUUCAAGAGAGUUAGAAGUUUGUCGUGAUGUGUGUUUUAAAUAAUUGCUAGUUAUCGUGAUUGUAGUUAGCUAAGACCAAAAUGUUUACUUUACUUCUGUCUUUUCUAUGAGAGUGAAGUUCCGAUUGAAGUGUGUACGUUUUCAAUUGUUCAUCAGUUUUUACUUAAAGUUUUUUAUUAGUCCUAAUAAAAAAUAUUAAGAAAGAAAGAAAAUCUUAGCUAGUCAAAAUGUCAAAGGACUUAAUGAAAGAUUUCAUUAUAUCGUAAUGAUUUUGAUUUAUAUAAUUUAAGCAAACUAUUUGUUUUUAUAUUAAAAAAAUGUUAACCAAUUAUAAAAUCAUAUUCAUGUAUGAAUAUUAUUAUAUUGUGGAUUAUUUUUUUAUUAUAAUUUAAAUAUAAAACUGUCUUAUAUUUAUUGAUUUAAAAAUGGUUGAAUCAGACAUAUUUUAUUAUUAUAUAUUUUUGAACUCUUGUUUGAAUGACUUGUUUGUUGUUUUAUUUAUUAAUGGAUAUUUAAGUAAUACUUGCAUGUUAUUUUCUAUAAUCUUGUUUGGUUGUUUAUUACCACUAUUUUAAUAAGAGUUAAAGGAUUUUAUGUAAUAUACAUAAUAUAUACAUAUAUAUAUAAUUAUAAUAUAUUUACUAUAUAUUUAUUUGUAUAUUUUUUUGUGAGAAAGUGAUAAUGUGCAACUUCAAUCCGAUACUAUGUUUGAAGGUUUGCUAUCUAUCACUUGAAAAAGAUAUAUGUACAAUUUUUGUUAAUAUUGUUAAAAUUGUAAAAAAAUUAUAUAAAUAAAGAUAAUAUAUAGAUGUUCUACAUUUGAACUUUUGCAUUUAUAAGAGAAUUAUAAAAUAAAAUUCAGAAUUG